GUUUAACCGACCCACCGCAGCCCCACUUCCAGCCCCCACUCUCUCUUGUCAUUGCUCUGCUACUACUAGUCUACUACUGCCUUCUUGUCUGCCUUCUUGUAUUUUCGACUUUAUCAAGACUCGCAGAAUUCUCAUCAUACGUACAAUUCUCCUAAUGGCUGCUGCUGCAAGUCUUCCUCUGCUUCAAUUCUCAGGUCACUCCCUGCAGCCCAAACUCCCAACUAACAAGAAAUUCAGACCGACAUUUGUGGACCCUUUAUCUCCACCUGCGUCAUCUUCAAAGUCAAAUGGGAGCUGUAGAAAUUUUGCUGUGAUUAGGUGCGCUUAUGACUCGAAUGGGGAUGGAAGAGGGCCUGGUAGUGGAGGUGGAGGUGUGGAGGACGGCGCCAAGAGUGUGGAGAAGAUUAUUGAAGAGAAAAGGCGAGCUGAAUUGUCUGCCCGUAUUGCUGCUGGCGAGUUUACAGUUGAGAAAUCCGGAUUUCCGUCAGUGCUCAAGAAUUCUUUACUGAAAUUGGGGUUGCCUAAAGAUAUUCUUGAGUUUUUGUUCGGGAAGAUAGGUCCUGCGGAUGAUUAUCCAAAGAUUCCAGAGGCAAAAGGAUCGGUUAGUGCAAUCCGGAGUGAGGCCUUCUUCAUUCCUCUCUAUGAGCUUUACCUCACUUAUGGCGGGAUUUUUAGGUUGACCUUUGGUCCCAAGUCCUUUUUAAUUGUUUCAGAUCCAUCAAUUGCCAAACAUAUACUGAAGGACAAUUCAAAAGCUUAUUCAAAGGGCGUCCUCGCUGAGAUUUUGGAAUUUGUGAUGGGCAAGGGACUCAUACCUGCUGAUGGGGAGGUUUGGCGUGAGCGACGUGCUAUAGUCCCCGCUUUACAUAAAAAGUAUGUUGCUGCAAUGAUCAGUUUGUUUGGACAAGCAACAGAUAGGCUCUGCAGAGAGCUUGAUGAAGCAGCUUCUAAUGGCGAGGAUGUAGAAAUGGAAUCGCUUUUUUCCCGGCUAACAUUGGAUAUUAUCGGGAAAGCUGUAUUUAAUUAUGAUUUUGAUUCAUUAAAAGUUGAUACAGGAAUAGUUGAGGCUGUAUAUACUGUACUGCGAGAAGCUGAGGAUCGAAGUGUUGCUCCAAUUCCUGUAUGGGAGAUUCCCAUUUGGAAAGAUAUUUCACCUAGGCAAAAGAAGGUUAACGCUGCUCUCAAGCUAGUGAAUGACACACUGAAUGAUCUGAUUGCAAUUUGUAAGAGAAUGGUAGAUGAAGAAGAGUUGCAGUUCCAUGAGGAGUACAUGAAUGAACAAGAUCCUAGUAUUCUUCAUUUUCUGCUAGCAUCUGGCGACGAUGUCUCUAGCAAACAACUGCGCGAUGAUUUGAUGACACUGCUUAUAGCUGGGCAUGAGACAUCUGCUGCAGUACUGACAUGGACAUUUUAUCUUCUUUCCAAGGAACCUAGUGUGCUAGCCAAGCUUCAAAAUGAGGUGGAUGCAGUUCUUGGUGAUCGGUUUCCAACCAUGGAAGACCUGAAGAAACUGAAAUACACAACUCGAGUGAUUAAUGAAUCCUUGAGACUCUAUCCACAGCCACCAGUUUUAAUCCGCCGUUCUCUUGAAAAUGACAUGCUUGGAGAGUACCCAAUUCGAAGGGGUGAAGAUAUUUUUAUUUCUGUUUGGAACUUGCAUCAUUGUCCCAAACGUUGGGAAGAAGCAGAGAGAUUUAACCCAGAAAGAUGGCCUCUGGAUGGACCUAAUCCAAAUGAGACCAACCAGGAUUUCAGCUACUUGCCAUUUGGAGGGGGACCAAGAAAGUGUGUUGGAGACAUGUUUGCUUCCUUUGAGACCAUAGUUGCAGUUUCAAUGCUUGUUCAACGCUUCAAUUUUCAAAUGGCAGUUGGAGCUCCUCCUGUUCAAAUGACUACAGGGGCAACAAUACACACAACACAAGGCUUGAAGAUGAUUACAAGGAGGAUGAGGCCUCCUAUAGUCCCCACAUUGGAGAUACCGGCGGUGAGAAGCGAUUCUUCAGUGAACGUUUCAGAUAUCAGCACAGCACCCGAUCAGAAAAGUGAAGUUUCCCCUUCUGUUUCCUAGUCUCCAAAUGUUCGUGGCUGCAACAUCAAAUCGCAUAUUAAGUGGUGAAUCAAGUACCGGAUGAGAAAAGGCUACCUUUGCUCUGCUUGUGUACAUUUGCAACGUAUGGUGUUUUCGAGGCGAACCAAUUUCUGGCUGAGAAAGGCUAUGUUCCCCAUCUCUCUCACGCCUAAAUCCAAUCCAAUGGCAUCAUUAGUUGCGCAGCAAGCGUGAUAAUGUCAAGGGAAGGUGGAAAAGAGUUGUGACUGCUGCCAAGUCCAUCACCAAAUGCAGAAAGUCUAUGCAGUAUGAUGGCUUUUGAAGCCUUUGUAGUUGUAAAUCUUGUAUCUAGAUUUUGAUGAACGAAAAAACCUCUUGUUUUCUCCAGUCAGCUAGUUUGUAUCAAUUAUCUAACAAUAGCUUAUUUA